CGAAGGGCACAUGGCACUUAUGGAUACAGAAAAGGACACAAGAGAUAUAAGCAUGCCAACAUUCUCAAAAGAUCUAGGCGCUCGAUCACCAGCCAUUGUGGCUAUCUUAAAAGAGAAUAAAGGUAUUCUAGAGAAAAUAAUAAACAGAAAGAAAGAAUUGAUUCAUGAUAAGGAUGAGAAAGGAAGAAAUGUUCUUCACUAUGCAGCUUCCAAAGGUUAUCUAAAUGGUGUUGAGUGUUUGCUUCAAAAGUGUGAUACCUGCAAUAUGGAAACAGACAGAGAUGGCUUUUAUCCUCUUCAUCUGGCUUCUGCAUGUGGACAUAUUCAAGUGGUAAAGAAAUUGCUUGAAAACUGUCCAAAUCCCAGAGAAAUAAUUGAUAAGAGAGGUCGAAAUAUUGUUCACAUUGCAGCUAUAAUGGGACAGUUUGAUGUGGUAAGGUAUGCCUUGGAAGAUGCAAAUGGAGUUAAAGAUAUGAUAAAUGACAAGGAUUACGAUGGAAACACUCCUUUGCAUUUGGCUGCCUCACAUUACCGUCCAAAAAUUGUGCAAGCCUUGACAUGGGACACAAGUGUAGAUCUGAAUUGGGUUAACAACAACAACCAAACACCUCUCGAUGCUUUUGAACAAUUUAAACAACAAAAUAAUCCACCUAUCGUACAGCGACUAACAUGGUGUCAACUAAAAUCUGCUGGCGUACAAAAUGCUGAAAGAGGGUCACACUCUAUUGAGGUCCCUUCCUCCCCUUUCAAACCAAUAGCCGAAAACACAAAGUUUUAUAAAGACCGAAUCAACACUCUUAUGGUUGUUUCAACCCUUAUAACUACAGUAGCAUUUGCUGGAGGUAUUACUUUGCCUGGUGGAACUAAUAGUUCUGCUCCAGAACAAGGCAUGGCUGUUAUGCUGAAUCAAGUGUGGUUUAAACCAUAUAUUUUAUGCACCACGAUAUCUAUGUAUGGUGGCAUUAGUGUGACUAUUAUACUCAUUUGGGCUCAACUGGGAGAUGUAACUUUGGCUCUUUUUGCCCUUAAAGUGGCAAGUCCCCUUUUAGGAAUCACUCUUGCAACCCUCUCAAUGGCAUUCUUGGCUGGUGUCCACCUUGUUAUAAGCGAUCUCAGUUGGUUGGCCACUACUGUUCUGAUUUUGUGUGUGGUCUUCAUUAUCCUGCUUUUGUUACUGUACACUCUUCUCUGGUUUCCCUCAGAAUCAAGCAACCUAAUAAUGCGAUACAUUUCUUUUUAUCCUUUCCAGUUUCUAACAUGGUUAACUGAAAAAGAUUCAAGGUAAAUUAAGAGGGAAGUGUAAAUCCAACAACAUUUCGCUCAAGCUAGAAUAGUCUCGUUUAAGCUAGAUUCAUCCAGGAAGCCAUUGCUGUAAAAGUCAUUUUCGCUAAAGCGAGAAUGACUAUCUUCUCCAACAAGUCUCUUCUCGCUUAAGCGAGAAUAAUUUAGCUUAAGAGAGAAUUCGGGCAGUAUAUAUACUCAUGAGGCAGAAAGAAAGAGGAACGACGGAGAGAGCACGGAGAACAAAAAACCCAGAGCUACCCAAAGAGCUUUUCUUCCAUUUUUAGUGGUAGGAUCUUCUUCUUCAUCUCUUAGAAUGUCAAUGGCCACCGUGAGUGACUAAUCUCUUCUCUUGGGAUUGAAUAUAAUCAAUUCGAACUCGGAUGUAAUCUGGUGAUAUUUAUAUA